AAGUUAUGGCCAAAAUACUAAAUCGAGCCCAAACCAGACUUAGGUCCACCUUACCUACGACCCAAUGACUAUGUGAGGGUCUAAAUAAUUUAUUCCCAAUCCUAAACCAAUUAGGACUCUUUUAGAAGUUUCUAGAAGGUUCUAAUUAUCCUUUUCGAAAAGAUAAAGAUCAAAGAGUUUGAAACUGAAUAAAACUUCUCUUUUAAUAAUCCUAAACUGACACUGUCCCACUAUUUCGAUCAUAUCUUAACUUUUACAAUAGACAUAAAUUUGAUUCUAAUUGGGUUGGAAAGUAGACUUCUAGAGCUUCCCAACGAUAUAUUGCUUAUCUAAUUCCGAUUUCCGGAUCAAUAGUUAUGAUAAAAACAAAAACCAUAAAAACUGCAUUCCAUCGCACCGCGCCAGUCCCAUCACAACGCGAUGCACUUCAACGCGCCGUGAUACACUUGUCGCACCGCGACUAAAAGAGUUUUAUUCUGAUUCAAAUUCUGAUCUUUUCUGAUUACUUUGGCCCUCUUUUUUUUCUAUAAAUAGAGGUCGUUUUCCCCGUUUUCAAAUCAGCAACAACGUUCAUCAACCCUUAGCAACAACGCUCACCAUAGACCUUUAGCAAAAAUGUUCAUAAAUUUUAGCUUUAAUGCUCAUUAUAACCCGAAAUUCUUUAAUUCCAAUGUUCUUAGCCUUAGACUAAAUAUAUCUUUGAUACAUCCAAUAUCAGUCACAAUACCUCAUUCACGAGAUUUGUAUACUCCUAGCCAUCCUCGACGUUGCCUUCGACCUCGACAUGAAAGGCUGAUAGUUCUGAGGGUUUGGUCCCAAAUCUAUAUUUCAAUUCAUAUUUGAUUUAUUUACGUUACUAACGUGUGUAUUGAUUUUAUAGCAAGAAGGUCAAGACAUCAAAAUUUUUUUUCCCAAAGUUGAUGAAUAAAGAAGGGGAAAUCGUAAGAAGAAAGAAAAAGAAGAGGAAAAAGCAAGGGGUGGGGCCCAAGUGACGUCAUACAAGAGGCUUUGAUCAAAGAGGUGGUAAUUUUUUAUAUUUUAGAAAACUGUUGGUUGUAAAAAAGAAUACAAAUAAUUGUAGGUGGUAAUUACUAAAACGUAAACUAUAAUAGGUGGUAAUUGUCAAAUUUUCCUUUUUAUUUACAACUAAAAUGUUUAGUUCUAUAACAUUAAAUGUACAUUUUUUUUCUUCAGAUUCAUAGUUUCUUUAUUUUGUUCUUAUAUUAUAAAAGUUCAUUUUUAUAUAAUGCAAAGUUCAAUUACUAAAUCUUCAUUUUUUUUUCAAGUAAAUAUUUAUUUUUAUCGUGAGACAAGCUAAAAAUUUGGGCAUAAUAAACUUCAAAUUCCAAUCUCCAAAACCCAACUACAAUCCCUCUAUUUUCAACUUCCAGGUUUAUGCAGGGUUUUAGCCUUUUAGGGAGGAGAGAGAAACUAGAAUCAACAAUGGCGAUUUACUCUCACAGACGCCUGAUUCUCUCUCUUCGUCAACUAUUUCAUUUCAAUUCCUCUUUUUCUCGUUUCAAUUCAUCCUCUCUUCAUACCUUUAACCUAAAUUUUCGAUCAUCUCCAUUUUCUUCAACCUCGGUACUUCGGAAAUUCCUGUCGUCUUUCAAUUCGUCUCCACUAAUAAACAAAUGGAGCUUCAGAAGUAGCUUUUAUGGCGUUCGAAGCUUCUCCACUCGAUUUUCUGAGUCGUCUUCGAGAAAUAAUGGACCGCCGAAGGAGACGAUUAUGCUCGAAGGUUGCGAUUUUGAGCAUUGGCUUGUUGUUGUGGAAGCUCCUGAUCCUCAGCUCACUCGCGAUGAUAUUAUUGAUGGUUAUAUCAAAACCCUAGCUCAAAUUAUUGGAAGUGAAGAAGAAGCUAGAAUGAAGAUUUAUUCGGUUUCUACACGCCAUUACUUUGCUUUUGGUGCUUUAGUUUCAGAGGAGCUUAGUUAUAAGCUUAAAGAGCUACCAAAUGUUCGAUGGGUUCUCCCAGAUUCCUACAUGGAUGUUAAGAACAAAACCUAUGCUGGCGAGCCUUUCAUCAAUGGACAGCCAGUUCCUUAUGACCCAAAAUAUCAUGCGAUAUGGGUUCAAAACCAUGCAGAAUCCCAGAGAAGUAGAAACAGAAGUUCAAGAAGGCAAAAGGAUCCAAACUCACGAUCAAGACAACCUACAUCUUCAUCGGUAUGUGAUGAUUCGAAUCAAAACUGGAUAUCUACCCCUAAUCAUCUUAUUCCGGCCCUACAGACAUCAACCACGCAAAACCGGACUUCUCAGACUUUAUCUUUAUCAGAUCCUGGUUACUACAAGCAGGGUCAGAUACAUUCUGCUGAUUCUGUAAAUGAAGCUGUUCAAUCCUCUCAAAUGCAGAUCCCUUACCACUUGCGAAACCAGGAUCAGGCUCCUCCAACCUAUACUAAGAAAAAUGCUCCUCCAGCCUAUAAUCAGAAUCAGGGUCCACCAACUUAUUCUCAGAAUUAUACUCCUCCAUCCUGUACUCAGGUACAGCCUCCUCCAACCUACUCUCAAAAUCAAGCUCCUCCAAGCUACUCUCAAAAUCAGGCUCUUCCAAACUACUCUCAAAAUCAAGCUACUCCAACUUAUUCUCAGAAUCAAGCUCCUCCAACCUACUCCCAAAAUCAAGAGCGUCCAAACUAUUCUCAAAAUCAGGCUCCUCUAAGGGAUCUAACCUACUCUCAGAAUCAUGCGCCUCCAACCUAUACUCAAAAUCAAGCGCGUCCAAACUAUCCUCAAAAUCAAGCUUCUCUAACCUACUCUCAGAAUCAGGCUCCUCCAACCUACUCACAGAAUCAAUUGUAUCCAAAUUAUUAUCAAAAUCAAGCUCCUCCAACCUACUCUCUGAGUCAGGCUCCUCCAACAUACUCGCAAAAUCAAGCUCCUCCAACCUACUCUCAGAAUCAGGCUCCCCCAUCCUACUCUCAAAAUCAAUCGCAUCCAAACUCCUCUCAAAAUCAAUCGCAUCCACCCUACUCUCAGAAUCAGGCUCCUCCAACCUGCUUUCAAAAUCAAGCACGUCCAAACGGUUAUCAAAAUCAAGCUCCUCCAACCUACUCUCAGAGUAUGGCUACUCAACCCCCCUUCAUGCAAAAUCACCCAACGCCCUGGACCCCACCUCCUACCUACUCUCAGGAUAUGGCUACUCAGCAUUCAGGUACAAUGGAUCCAAAUUCCCAGGGCUGGGGAAGCCGAAGCCAUAGCUGGGCGCCUCCCGGAGGAUCUGAAAAUCAAACCCACCCUCCACCCACAACCCCAAACAACAAUUUUUCAUAUAAAAAUAUGCCACCUUCAGCUCCUGCAAGUAAUGUUCCAUAUCAAGGCCAGGUCUGGGGACCUUCCUCAAAAUACCAAAGUUGGCCCUCACAGCCCCAAAAUUCAAAUAAUUACUCACACGGCAAUUUUCAACCCUCAGCCCCAGCCAGGGACAUGCCAUCGCACUUGCAAAACACGAACUUCCAUGGAGGAAGCAUGCCAUCUCACGCUCAACAAAAUGAGAACCUUUACAAGGAUAGUCCACUUCAUGCUCAAAGUACCAGUACCUCAAAUGACUAUCCUUCAGAGUCUUUACUACAGCUACAAUACCAGGACAGUCACAGAACUUACAUAGACAUGCAGAGUUCAACGUCAAUGGUAACUCCUCAAAGUACACAAAACUUUCAAAAUGCGAAUGUGGUACCUCCAGCUCUUGCACAGGACAUGACCUCUCACACGUGUAACCCAAAUUCCUCAAGACAGGAUGCUGCAGCUGAAGUUCAGCAGAAUGGUUACUCCAGAAAUAUUCCACAUCAUGCGAAGUAUUCACCAUAUAAUACAUAUGAAAAUCAACAGUACCAGAACAGCACUAGAGAAUUACAACGUUCAAGUGCCACAGAAAUACCUCAGAAUUGGAACCAUCAGAGCAUACCCCCGUCCAUGCAGAACAGCGUCUCCCCUGAUAUGCUGAUGUCUCGUGGAGUUCUGACUCAUCAAAACCAGGAUGAAGAUAUGUCUAGGGUAAACCAGAACAGCAAAUCUCAGCAUAACAUGGGAUCAGCUUCUCAAAAUAAUGAUCACAAUGGUGGAAGGAAAAUGCCUAAUGACACGAGCAUGGACACUGUGCAGACUAGAGACUACCAGGAGCGUGACAAUCCCGCUGAUGAUUAUUGAUGUAGCGAAUCUCAGCAUAACAUGGGAUCUACCAGAACAGCGAAUCUCAGCAUAACAUGGGAUCAGCUUCUCAAAAUAAUGAUCAAAAAGGUAGAAAAAUCUUGGUUGCUCUUGGGUGGACAAGCAGCAUUGACAGAAAUAGAGUAUUGAUGUAAAUUUAUUGUUUAUGAUAUGAAAGUGCUUUUUUUUGUACUUGUAUAAAGGUGAAUUUUCAUUGAGGCUUUACUAAGCUGCCUUAUUCAUCACUCAGCAGUACUAAAUGUAGAUUUUGUUAUUUGUUAAUUCUCACCUUUGAAAUAGGAUAAACACUAAACAGGGGUACGGGGAAAAUUAGAUUAAGAGCAUGAUAUCAGAAAGAAAUAAUAUAGCUAUGCAAUGCCUUCAAGUUGGCUUUUUAAUUUA